AUUUACGACCCCGAUUUUAUCAGCACAUUUUUAGUUGUGUCGCAAGCGUCAUAAAUAUAUAUUUGUUUAAAAAUUUCGAGAAAGUAAACAAUUCGAAUCAUUGAAUAUGCCCGCUGUGGUGCGCAUUAAGCGCCGCAUUGACGAAGAGCCUCAUUCGGCAUUCCUAUUAAAUGGCAAACGGCGUCGUCUGCUCAAUGAUGAGCACGCGCCCGCUGCGUCGGCGGAGCCAAUUGCCGAAAACAAAGAGGCACAAAAUCAAGUACUUUUAAAGUUUGCCGGCACGCUGGAAAGGCAGGACGACUGCGCCACCAGGCAAUUUGCUGCAGCUCGUAUGAACAAAACCAUUGCCAAGGAGCUAGUGAGUCAGACUAGUGAUCCAGCCAAAGCCAGCACGCUGCGUCGAGAUAAACAGCGGCAGGAGCAACAGCAAUUGACCAGGGAGCGACGAUAUCGAGUGGUCAAUUGCCUGCGCACUACUUUGAACGACGUAGAGGAGGAGCAGGAGGAGGAGAAUGGAGGAACAGCAGCCGGUUGCAGCAACAGCAACCAGGUUCAAAGCAAGACUGACAGCAGGCAGAUAACAAUUGUGGAUAUCGAGUCCCAGCAGAGGGAACAGGAACCGCAUCUUCCUCUGCUGGACCAGCAGCCCGUUGACUCGGAUGUGGGCUAUGUGUACGAUUUAUAUGUGCCGGAGAAUGAGCUACAGGCUCAAUAUGUUGAUAUGUUCGAUGACAACUACUUAAGUCUUCGGCCCGUUAACGAGGUUUUCUACGAGGAUUGCUACAACGAUGAUGAGGACUACGACUCGGAGGACUCGAACCAGGAGAACUACUAUACGAACGACUAUCCGGAUGAUGAUGAUGCCGGCGCAAUGGGCUCCGACGAAGAGCUGUGCCAACAAAUGAAUCGGUUUAUGUUCGAUGAUGAUGAUGAUGAAUUCGCCAGUGGCUCGAGCGAUGCGGAGGACCACAAUGAGUAUUAUGAUCCCUAUGUUCAUACCAUAGACACGGAAUCAGCGAGCUUCGUGGAUGACGUCGACUUCUUUAAUGCAGAGCGUGGGAGCGCCUACGAGCGCUAUAAACGUAGAAUCCUGCGGGAGGCCGAAGGGCUUGCAUCCUCCUCGGAAGACUCGGAUGCCGAUGAAGCGGAUGCCUACUAUGAGACCGCAAGCGAAUAGGACGCGGAAAGCGAUUGAGCACCAUCUUUA